AUGUCUUCAAGCAAUACUUCAUCAGGAUCAAAUGGAACUGAUCUUUAUUCUACAACAACAAGAUUCUCACAAGCUGUAACUGCCACUGCUUCAGCUUUAAUUCAUCCACAUGAAGGUUCUUCACAUAAUGAUGCCUUAUUAUCCAAUUCAAGUUAUAAAAAAGCAAUGAGAGAAGCUCUUAAUAAUAAUAAUACUUCAUUUGCCUUAUCAAGAAGGCGAAAUAAUCAUGGUAAAAAAGUUGAUCUUUAUGGUAGUCGUUAUGCAACAUCAACUGAAUAUUUUAGAAAUGCUUUUAGUUCUUCUAAAACUGCUUAUAAAGUACUAACACAUAUACCUGAUGAUUUAUUAGAUGAAAUACCUGAUACAAAACCUCAAAAAGAUGCUUAUUCUUUAUUUCAAGGUUUUAAUGCUGCUUUACCUGAAAUUAAUGAAGAAAUAUCACAAUUCCAAAUUACAAAUGGUGAAGGUACCAAUAAUGAUGAUUCAAGUAAAGAAUUUUUGAAAAAAUUAACUGAAAAAGCAGCUAAAGAUCAAGAAAAAGAAGAUGAAGAUGAUUAUAAUUUUAAAUUACCAAAUGGAAUUAAUAAAACCAAAAUAUCAAAUUCAUAUUCAACAAAUAAAUUACAAAAUUAUAAAAAUCAAUUAAUUGAAAAUUUAGAAUCUUUAGAAAUUAGAAAAAAUUUAGCUGCAAGUGAAAUAAUUGAAUUAGAUAAUAAAAUUUCAAAAUUACAAUCUUUAAGAAAAAUUGUUUUUAAAAGAGUUGCUAAAAUUGAACAAAAUGAAUUAUUUUUAGAAUCUCAUACACAAGAUAUUGAUGAUAGAAUUCAAAUGAUUAAAGAUUAUAAUAUGGAACAACCAGAUGAAGAUGAAUUAGAAGAAGAACAAGUUACAAAAGAAGAUAAGUCAUCAACCUUUAUAAAUGGUCAUACAAAAAAAAAAUCAACUCCAUCAAGUAGAAAAAUAUCUAAAAAUGAAGAAAAUGAUAUAAAUAAUGAUCAAAAUGAUGAAAUAGAUGAUGAAUAUGGUGAAAUAAAUGAUGAAACUUUUAAAGAAGGUAAACCAUUAAUGUCACAAAGUAUAUAUGGGAAAUUACAAGAAAAACCACCAAAAUUCAAAAAGAAAAAUCAUAAAAAUCGUAAAACUAUGCCAACAUUACAACAAUAUUAUGAACCAGGUACAAAAAUUAAAUCAAUUCAAGCUCAUGAAGAAUCUAUAAAUUGUUUUGAUUUUGAUAUUCCAUUUGGUACAAUGGUUUCUGCUUCAUUAGAUAAUACAGUUAAAGUUUGGGAUUUAAGUAAAGGGAAAUCUUUAGGUUUAUUAGAAGGUCAUAUUGCACCUGUUAGUUCAAUUCAAAUGGAUGAUUCUUUAGUUGUUACAGGUUCAUUAGAUGCUACAUUAAAACUGUGGGAUUUAGGGAAAUUAAAUCAUGAUUUUGAAACUAUUCAAGAAGAAGGUGAUGAAGAUGAUGGACCAUGUAUAUAUUCAUUUGAAUCACAUAUUGAAGAAAUUACAGCUUUAAGUUUCCAUAAUUAUACAUUAGUUAGUGGUUCACAAGAUAGAACUUUAAGACAAUGGGAUUUAACAACUGGUCAUUGUUUACAAACAAUUGAUGUUUUAUGGGCUUCACAAAUUAAUCAAACUACAAAUGUUGAACAAUCAGUUGUUGUUGAUAGAGUUAACCCAUUCAUUGGAUGUUUACAAACUUAUGAUGCAGCAUUAGCCACAGGUACUUCAGAUGGACUGGUUAGAUUAUGGGACUUAAGAAGUGGUGAAGUUGUUAGAUCAUUAGUUGGUCAUACAGCACCAGUUACAUGUUUACAAUUUGAUGAUAAAUAUUUAGCUACGGGUAGUUUAGAUCGUUCCAUAAGAAUUUGGGAUUUAAGAACUGGUGGUAUACAUGAUGCAUUUGCUUAUGAAUCACCAAUAACUUCAUUACAAUUUGAUUCAAGAAGAAUAGUAUCAUCAAAUAAUGAAUCAAGUGUUAAGAUUUAUGAUCGAAUUGAUGAAAAACAUUCAUCAUGUGGUGGUGAAGAUCCUGAUAGUGCUACUGUGAACUAUGUUCGUUAUAAAGAAGGAUAUAUGGUUGAAGGUAGAACUGAUGGUAAAAUCACUGCAUGGGCAGUAUAA